GUGAGUUUGCACUUGUACAAAAGGUUUUUUCUAGUGUUCGCUCUCUUCGUUAUCGUUGUGUUUCUGACUCUGACGGUACCAAAUGCCUGCGUUAAGAGAGAUAAGUAUGCACUCACCGGAAGUGCAGGGGCUGUGUUGGGAACGACAAGUCGCCUUUAGGAUGACAAUUCGUUGAUCGUGCGCUGCGCACGUCAAAUCGGUUUGGCGUGCUCGCUCGUUUUUGCUGCAGCGACAGUCUGCAGCAUGUAGAUCUCAAUGUAAUUACACGCCUGCUGUUGUUAAUUCAGAGAGUGUCCCUAUCUGGACUGGACUUUCGUGGCUUCUACAGCUUCACAUCGUGACGAUGCGACUCGUCGGGGCGACUCCGUGCCUUGUCCAUUGGUUGUACACGUUCUCUAGAGAGCUGCACCAUAAGAGAGGGGUGAGUGAUGACGUACGAUUUGCCGCAAUGUACUUAUGCGCGUCCCGAGUGCGCUUCGUCUAUAGCAAGGGACUCAUCCGCAGCUAUCACCACCCAGCUCGUGUCGGGUCGACUUUGGGGAUUCAGGGUGCGAUGGUCGUCUUAGGGUCACCCAUCAGCCGAUCAAAGUGUAUUUCCUUGCAGCGGCAAGGACACUCGCCGUUCCGCGGAAUGCUCCAUGGCACGAUGGUCGUCGGUCGUUGCGCCUUAGAAAGCGGAAAUAGUGGAUUCCGUUCAUGGACAGUGAGAGUGACACUUGCGCAAGGAUGGACGUCCAGGGCUUCGUGCGGCGAUUUCUCGUAGCAGCGCGUAGUGAUGGAUUGCCUCGUUUGCGUUUCUGUCUCAACCCAGUGGGGGACUAGAUGAUGAUGGUGAUAGUGGUCUCAUCGUGCGGGGACGGACGUGUCGAAGUUGCGGUCGCACGGGGAGAUGAGGACGUGGGGAAGAAAAUCGUUUAAAGGGGUGUGAUCUCCAGGCGUAGCUGGGCAGUACGGGAUCGCGGCGCAAAUCGGGGUUGACCUGUACGUGAUGCGUAUAGGGCAGAAAGCCGCUCGAGGAAGGAGGGACGUGCAUUGGGGGCGCAGGCUCUUUUGGCGACUGAAAAGAUCAGCAAAAUCUAUGCAGUUCGCGCACACCAGGCCGGAAUACCAGAGCUUUCACAGGAGCAUAUGACGCGCUACGUGGGUGGCAUCGUGCGGAACAACGGACCGAGUGUGGUACCAGUUGUGACGCACGGUCUUGGUUGGACGUGCGGCGGAGCCUGAGCGGAUUAUUGGACCAAGAAAGGAAUUCCUUCGUCUACAGUCAGUCUACAACAUGUCGAAUAGCCACGCGAUCGAGAGAACGCUUCACAUGUCGGAUAGCGACGAGAUCGAUAGAACCGCUUCACGUAACUGGACUGAGCGCGAACGCUGACCAGCAGAACUAGUUGAGUAUCGUGGCGCGGAGUUAUUCUUCAUUUCGAUCGGUCUCCGCAUUCCACGAUCAGGCGGACCACUCAUAAUUCUUUUUCGUGCGCCUUGCUUUCACAGGCCUAGAUCUCAAGUAUUCCAUCUCUAGUCAAUGCACCCACUGUUGCUGUACUUUUGCAUUUGGUCCUGAUGAAGAUGGUAAAAGUUGGUUUCUACUAAUCGCGUAUAAACAGUGGAAUAUCUUCAAUUUCGGAAAGGCACCCAGAACACCCCAUGAGGCACGAGCGUUUGUCUUGAGGCAGGCAUCUCGUCUUUUCGUAUCAGGUAUUGACCGCCACGGAGAUGAUUUGCUCCUUCGUGGUAAUUGUGACAGCGUUUAAAUCUCAAGUAAUCGUGAUGGCGGUGAAGACAAGCAAAGACAUUCUCACUAAGUUCUCGUCAUGAUUCCAUGCUCUCGACCACGGACAGUAGGUCGCUCGUACGUUGACGGUGAGAGAUUUUGGGUCGUAAACGGCAUUUUGUUGGUUCGGGGGAUCUCAUGUUUUGCCAGGCUCGAAAGAACAAAAAAAUCUGGUCCCGAGGAGAUUGGGUGUGUGAGUUUGGUCUUUCGUGAACCGACC